GACAGGUGAACUGGCCGCUCACUCUCUUAUUUUCUACCGCUCUUGAGGGAGCAAGUUUUCCAGGCCUCUUGUGCAAGCUCUCCUGGCUGUCUAAGCAAACAUGUGUGACGAGGAAGAGACCACCGCUCUAGUGUGCGACAAUGGCUCAGGUCUGGUGAAGGCCGGCUUUGCCGGGGAUGACGCUCCCAGGGCUGUGUUUCCCUCCAUUGUGGGCCGACCCCGCCAUCAGGGUGUCAUGGUCGGUAUGGGUCAGAAAGACAGCUAUGUAGGAGACGAGGCCCAGAGCAAGAGAGGCAUCCUCACCCUCAAAUACCCCAUUGAGCAUGGCAUCAUCACCAACUGGGAUGAUAUGGAGAAGAUCUGGCAUCACACCUUCUACAAUGAGCUCCGUGUGGCUCCUGAGGAACAUCCCGUCCUCCUGACUGAGGCUCCUCUGAAUCCCAAGGCCAACAGGGAAAAGAUGACCCAGAUCAUGUUUGAGACCUUCAAUGUUCCGGCUAUGUACGUUGCCAUCCAGGCUGUCCUCUCACUGUACGCCUCUGGCCGUACCACAGGUAUUGUGCUGGAUGCUGGUGAUGGUGUGACCCACAAUGUGCCUGUAUAUGAGGGUUACGCCCUUCCACAUGCCAUCAUGAGACUGGAUUUGGCCGGCAGAGACCUGACUGACUACCUGAUGAAAAUCCUGACUGAGAGAGGCUACUCGUUCGUCACAACUGCCGAGAGGGAGAUUGUUCGUGACAUUAAGGAGAAGUUGUGCUACGUGGCUCUUGAUUUCGAGAAUGAAAUGGCCACCGCCGCCUCCUCCUCAUCACUGGAAAAGUCCUACGAGUUGCCCGACGGUCAGGUCAUCACCAUCGGUAACGAGAGGUUCCGCUGCCCCGAGACCCUCUUCCAGCCCUCUUUCAUUGCUGCCUACGAGGCAUCUGGUAAAGAUUAUAUGAUUGCCCCUCCUGAGCGUAAAUACUCUGUCUGGAUCGGCGGCUCCAUCUUAGCUUCCCUGUCCACUUUCCAGCAGAUGUGGAUCAGCAAAGAUGAGUACGAGGAGGCCGGACCCUCCAUUGUCCACAGGAAGUGCUUCUAA